AGCUGCAUAAAAAAAGCUGUAUCAAAAUAAUUUGAUUGUUUCUCUUGGAGAGCCCAUUCCCAUCAUGCAUCAGCGCGUCACGGAGAUUCAAAAUGGCCACCGAUUGAUUGUUGCACGAUUGUUUACGUUUUUUCGUGGCGUAUUUUGACGUUUCUGACGUUAUUUUUACGUCAUAUGUUUGUGUGACAACGGGAAUCUAUUCCUUGCUCAAGUCUUGACUGGAGUAUAGUGAACAACAUUGGUCAGGCGCUAAAUAUCACUAUUAGUUAAUUAAAGUUGAAGACCAUCUGUGUCUAUUACAUUAAGGUGCUUUAGAUGAGGAAAAAUGCUGCCAAGGCUACAUGAUGAUUAAUGAUCAGAUGAUAUUAGAGGAAGACUAUGAUGAGAGCUAUGAACCCACAGAAGAAGAAAUCCGUGAAUAUGCUCAAAUCAUCGGGAUUGAUGUGGACAGAGAGCCUCAUUUGAUGUAUGUUGCCCGUGAAGGCAUCAAUGCUCCACUACCAGCUGAUUGGAAACCAUGUCAAGACGUCAAUGGAGACAUCUACUACUUCAACUUCUCCACAGGGGAGAGCAUCUGGGACCACCCCUGCGACAACUACUACAGAAAGAUGGUGGAGGAUGAGAGGCGCAGGCAGGUCAUGCAGGGACCCAGGGCUGGAAAUGCUGCUGGCAAAAAGAAAAAGGACACAGCCAAGAAAAAGAAGAAAGGCAAAAAGGAUGAGGACCUGCAACCUGUGUCCACAAUGAGGUCCCCCCAGGCAACCCUCACUUCUCCCAGAAUGCCCUUGGGUCCUAUAAGUCAGCCACAGGGACUUGGUCCACUGAAGGGAGGAGAGACCCCCUUAGGGAGCCCCAUGAACACCCUGGGGAGCCCCAUGAACACUCUAGGGGGCAGCACCAUGGGAAGCUCUCUUGGCAAACAUGGAUCUCUCGGACCACUCAGGCCUGUGGGGAGCAUGGAGCCCAUGAACACAAUGGGCAGCACCCUGGGGUCCAUGGGGUCAACAGGUGUCAGGCUGGGGAGUAGCUCUGAUGGACUGGCUCUGGGAGAAGGUGGUGGAGGCAAGAAGUUCCUCAAGUCCAACCGUGCCAAGGAUGCCCCGACCUCCAUGAUGUCCAAGCAUGAGGAGAAGCUGGACUUGGGGGGAAUGUCAGACAGUGAUUCUGACAAUGACAGGAACAACCUGAAGAACAUCCGUUUUGAUUUGGCAGAGAUGGAGAAGGCUACAGAGUUUGGCUAUGAGACAUCUGAGGCCAGUGAUAAACCUGCCAAGCCUGUACAGUCUGAGAGUGACAGUGAGGAUUACGGAAAAGAUAUCGAUUUUGGAAUUGAUAGGAAUUUAGAUGAAAAGAUAGCAUUAAAUCUCAGCGAUGAUGAUGAAGAGUCAACACAGGAAGCCCUCCGUAUGUCAGGGAGGAAGAAGGAGCCAACCCCUCAGAAAAGGAUUCCAUCAGGAAUUGUCCCCCAGACACAGCCCCCAAAGAAAACAUUUGAUGAUGACUUGCACUUGGAUUUUGAACCAGCCACCAAGGUUAUCCUACCUUCCCCCUCUGCCAGUGGCACCUCCAUGGAGGACGAGAGGAAAAGAAAGGCUGAAAUGGCAGCUCUGGCAGCAGAGAAAAGGGCUGAGAGUGACAGACAGCUCAAGGCUGAGGAGGAAAAGUUGAAAGCAGCCAAUGAGAAGGCCCUGGACGAGCUGCGUAAAAAGUUACAAGAGGAGGAAGAAAACGCCAAGCUUGAAAUGUUGGAGGAGAAAGAAGAGAGGCUGUCUCAGCUGAGGAAAGAUAUCCAGAGGGAGACAGAGGCAGCUGAGAGAGAUCUGAGACAAACUAAAGAGAACAAGCUCAGAAUCCUCAGAGAUGAGAUCAAUGAAGAGACAGAGGAUGAAGAGACCAAACUAAUGCAAGGCAAGCUGGACUCCCUGGCUAAAAUAAGAAGAGAAAUGAAGGUAGACACUGAGGAGGAGACCAAGGAAAUGAGGGAAGAGCAUGCUAAAGAGCUGGAAAAGAUCAAAGCAGAGCUUGCUGAGGUCCGGAACAAAGAGAGGGGAAACAUUGAGGAAGAGAGGAAAAAAGCCAGAGAGGAGAUUAAGAGAGAGAUUGAAGAAUAUCUCUCAGAGGAGAAAGAAAAGCUUGAGGAAGAGAAGCAGGAGAGGGUGGACGAGAUCAACGAGCAGUAUGAGAAAGAAAUCGAGGAGAUGACAAAACAGCUGCAGAAGGAGCACAAUGCUAAUGUCCAGGAAAGCAGGAAAAAAAUCAUCAUGAAACAUGAGCAGGACAUGAAAGAUCUAGAGACAGAGCUGAAGACUUUGCAACAGAACGAACUAGACAGAAAAGAACAGGAGGUCAAGGCGGCCAGAGAGAGACAGAAGGCCGUUGAUGAUCUAGAAAGAGGCCUGGACGAUGUCCUGAAGGAGAAGAAAGAUGAGAUCAAGGCAGAGCAGAAUAAGGUCCUGGCUGAUAUGAAAGCUGACUUUGAGAAAACUGUGAAGAAAAUGCAAGAGGAAUACAAGCAGAAGGAAAAGAAAGAGAAAGAAAAAGUGGAACAGCAGCUUGAGACGUUGAAGAAAGAACUGAAGCAGAAGCAACAAGAGGAACUGGAGGAAGUUAGAGAAGAAUUUGAUGAUAUAAAGAAAACUCUAAGAGCGGAUUUGCAACAAGAGCUUGACGAUGUUCAAAAGGAAAAGAAAAAGAAGACUGAUCUCAGAGCAGAGAAUGAGAAAGAGUUGAACAAGAUCAAGGCUGAUUUUGAGAAACAGUCCAGGAAGCAGAAGGAAGACAACGAGAAACAGCUGAAGAAGAUGAAAGCUGAAUUGGAACAACAAAACAAGGAAUGGCUGGAGGAACAAAAAGAAAAGGCUCAAGAGGAACAGGAAUUGGCCAAGAAAGAAUUUGAGAAUGAGUUGGCCACCUUGAAAGAACAACUGGCCAAGGAUCUUGAGCAGAUGAAGAAAGAGUAUGAAGGAACCAAACAGCAGCUGAAGGAAGAGUUAAAACAAAAGGAGGACAAGAUCAGGAAGAAGGCUGCAGAAAUUCAAAAGCAAAAAGAAGAAAAAUUGCAAGCAGAAAUGGCUGCAGAGCCAUCAGAGACUGAACUGUCAGAUGAGGAAAAGAAAGAGAAGACCAGAAAGAAACCAAAAGCAGCCAAAAAAGUUAAAAUUGUUGAAAAUGGAGACUUAGGAUCUGACAGUGAUAGAGAUGAGACCACCCCUAAGAAGAA